AUGCUCAACAAGAUGGGUCCAAAGACAGAACUCUUCAAAGGAGAUGGAAUGGCAGAGAAAGCAAACAUCUGGCUAAGACAGCGAGAACAGAUGUGGAAGUUUGAUGCAAAGGACAACAAGAAGAGGUGGAGGUUUGAGCGUGCACUAUACCCAGGAAGCCCGGCGGAGGUCUGGUACAAAACUCUCCCAGCAACAGACAAAGCGGACUGGCUGCAGAUCACCAUAGCCUUCAAGAAGAAGUGA